AUGGAACGUGCCGCAGUACAAGAACUACGCUACAUUGCUUCAGAGUUGGAUAGGUUGGGGGACCGCAAAGGGAUGAUCAUUGUGUUAACGUGCUGGUCCCACUUCCUUACCUAUCCCGUUGGAGUCUACAUCCAAAGACUACAUCACAUUCGAGAAGCCGUAGCGCUCCUGUUAGAGCGCAGCCCCGAGACAAAGAUCCUCAUCAAGACGGCCAAUACUGGUUACCGAUUUGACCAUGGAAGUGACUGGUUAUCAUUGCAGCUGGACACUUUAAUGAGGGCUAUGUUCUCCAAGCUACCAGUUACUAUUCUUGACGUUUGGCAGAUGACCAUCUGCCACCGAGAACCUGAAAACCUCCACCCUCCCAAGGUCAUUAUUAAAAAUGAGAUUCUAAGGGUGGUGGUUCUGGUGGUGCUGGCAGGGGUGGUGCAUGCUAACUGGACGGGGGUGGUGUGGGUGCUGAUGGUGGACACCAACAAGGGGGGAGGCUCUGCAUCAUCUCCCUGCCCAGCUCCGCCUCUGGCCAGUUUCUUGACUGGCUGCCAGGAGCUAGAAAGAUGUGAGCCAGAGUGCACCGACCCAGCUACUGGCAAUCAGCAUCUCAGGGUCACCGAUCCUCUGGGCCUCUCCAGCCUUCCUGGCUGUGUCAGUUGUGUUUACCCACGCAGUUCCUCCUCUGAAAAGUUUAUUUUCAAUAUUUUAUGGCGAGAGUAUUUCACUGUUGUGGACAAUCAUCCAGUUGCAUUGGCAACUACAUCCACACCAACAUUUCCAGUGACCACCCCUCAAAGUGCAGAGCAUAUUGAACUGAUGAAGAUGAUUGAAUGGCCACUGGCUCCAACCAACGUAAACCUGAAGCUUUCCACCCACCCAAAGACUUGUGAAUAUUUUAUAAUCAAUCCUUAUGCUACUUAUGUGGUUGGUGAAUCACUGGAGCUUCUAAUUAUAGCGAAGGACCACAAGGGUCAGACAAAGAAGUAUGGUGGAGAUUUCUUGCAUGUGAAGCUUUACUCUUCGAGUAUGAAGGCUGGAGUAAGUGGCUCUGUUGAGGACAAUCAUAAUGGUUCCUAUACAGCCAGAUUUAUUUUUCAGUGGCCUGGAGAAACUAAAAUCUCUAUUAGUCUCAUGCAUUCCAGUGAAGCUAUCGCAAUUUUGCAUGAGAAGAGGGAUUCUCGACCAGAUAAGGUGUUCUUUAAAGGCUACUUUGAGAAAAAUGGGACUCAUGAAGUGGUUGAAUGCAAUUUUGAACUGCCUGGGCAGGACGUCUGUGAAUAUUAUGAUCAGCACAAUGGAGAAAAGUGGGUGUGUCAGCGGCCAAAAGUCCUCCCCUGCGAUUCAUAUCGGGACCACUCAUCAGGAGGAAACCGUAAGAUCCUAAGCAAACAUGAGCAACCAUUCUUCUCAAUGUCACUGAUUGACCAAGAAAUCCGAUCAAGUCUCGGGCCACUUAACAUCUUACCUCAGAAGAAUGUCACAAAUAGUAGCCACACAGUGUGUUUUUGUAACCCCUCAGGAUUUUAUUACCAAGAUGUCUGGAAGUCUCUGAUCUGCUCCAAUGAACCAUUUGAUGAUCAUAUUAGAGCAGCAAAUUGCCUUGCUGGGAAGAUGGUCUACAUGUUUGGAGACUCUACACUGCGGCAAUGGUGGGAAUACCUAGUGGAUUUCAUACCAGCUUUGAAGGAGAUCAAUCUUCAUGUGACUCACAACCCAGGUCCGCUGUUAGCCACUGAUGCAGAAUUCAAUUAUUUGGUCCAGUGGAGAGCCCACCAGAAACCUUUACGCAUGGGACCUGUUGCAGUGCAUGAUCUACACUACAUUGCUUCAGAGUUGGAUAGAUUGGGGAACCGCAAAGGGAUGAUCAUUGUGUUAACGUGCUGGUCCCACUUCCUUACCUAUCCUGUUGGACUCUACAUCCGAAGACUACAUUACAUCCGAGAAGCCGUAGCUCGGCUGUUAGAGCGCAGCCCAGAGACAAAGAUCCUCAUCAAAUCAGCCAAUACUGGUUACCGAUUUGACCAUGGAAGUGACUGGUUAUCAUUGCAACUGGACACUUUAAUGAGGGCUAUGUUCUCUAAGCUACCAGUUACUAUUCUUGAUGUUUGGCAGAUGACCAUCUGCCACCGAGAACCUGAAAAUAUCCAUCCUCCCAAGGUCAUUAUUAAAAAUGAGGUAGACUUGAUGCUUUCAUUUAUAUGUCCUUAGU